CAAGGGAAGGCGGAAGAACCGGUGCGGACCCCGCGCUGAGCCCACCGGCCGCCCAGCUGGGGGCGGCUGCCCUUUCACCUUCCCCUUGGGGCGCGGUUUCCGCGGCAGGAUUCCCCAGGGGGCGGCGCAGGCCCCCUCCCCGCGGUGCCGGGCUCGCUGUCCGCUUCGGUCCCCCGAGUGGUCCGCUAUGUUUUGGUUUUGCUUGUUUGUGUGUGUGGGUUUUUUUGCCUGUGACUUUGCGAAAUAUUCUGGGACGAGAGACAGAAAGUCUUGGUCUCCGAGAACUAACAGAAUGCUGCUUUCAGCUGAAAUAUCUACUGGGAACCCUCAAGGUUUCCAAUGUCAUCACUAUGAAAACAGAUUACAAAUGGACAUCAUUCAAUCUGGCUCCCUGGACCCCACUGGGACUCGGUUUGACUUCAGUUCAUCUUUUCUUUGGUUGGACCCGUGUGACUUCGUCGCGUCUACAUCCCGAUUACAGACACUUAACCACUGACUGGGGAGAGGCUCCUGCACAAGGGCGGCGGCGGCGGCGGCGGCGGCGGCGGUGGGGCGGGUCCCCUCCCUCGUCCCGAAGACCCGCUUCCCCUCCGGGCUUUGAUCUUCCCGGAGAAAACCGGCUCGGCCCGGCGGCGGCGGCGGCCCGCGCGCCCCGCCCGCACCGCGCGGCCCGGAGGCCGGUCCUGCCCGCGCGCCCCGCCCCCGCCGCCGCCCCCGCCCAGCCCCGCGCGAGCGCCGCGGUGCAGCCGCCGGGAUGUGACCUUCAGAGCCGCCCGCACGGGAUGACCGGAGCCAUCGCCCCGCGGCGCCCGCGCCUCGCCACGGCCCCGCGGGCGCUCUGA